AUGUGGCGGGGGCGGAAGGCGCCUGCGGAAAAGCGCGUGGAGGAGGCGGAGGAAUCGGCGGAAAGCAGCGACGGGGAAACGGAGGCGAGUCGCGAUGCGGAGAGUGACGCGGAAGACAGCAGAAGUGACAGCGGGAGUGACGACGGGAGUAACGGGAACGAGAUAGUAGACGGGGAUAAGGGGAAUAAACAGCGCGCGAGAGUGGCCCGGGAUGAGGAACCGUCCAAUGGGAAGCGCGGGUUAGACGCCAGUGAUGCAGCGACACGUGGCAAGAAUUCCAGCCCCAGCGCGGUGCGGCUGCCUUGGCUGACGUGGCUUGCUCUGACUGGCUCGUACCUCGUAGCGCUGAUUCUCGCGUUCAGUGUUCUCCGCGCAACCCUCCCCGCGCAUAAGGACCCCCUCGCCCCGUGCAAAUUCCCGCCUUCCGCCAAUGCGGAAAAAAUAGACGACUCCGCGAUUUCCGCUGCUGCUAACGGAAGCGAACUGGCGAACGCGACGCGAUCGACUAAUGCCACGUGUCCUGUCCCGUGGCACCCAGCCGUGGACGUGCUGACGUGGCGGUGGUCCCCGCUAGCAGCGGCGGCGGCCGUGCUAGGGUUCAUGAUUUGCGCUCUGCGCGCAUUGGGGAGCGGAUUGGCGGAACUUAACGCACUGGAGGAGCGCCUUCGCGCAUUAGAAGGGGGAGGGGGCGGGCGCGGGGGACGGCUGGGGGAUGGCGGGGCGGAGGGGGAAGAGGGCGGAAGCGGACGGGGGAGGGGUGCGGAGGGGUUUGGAGGGGUGUCAGGUUCGGAAGGAGGUUCGGAGGGAGGUUCGGACGGAAGGGCGGUGGUGACAGCUGGCAGCAAGCUGGCGGUAUCAGUGGGGCGAAGCUCGCUUUUGGGGAUUCUGGUGCAUGAGAUAAGAGCGGCACUUAGAGGCGUCCUGGGUUUGCUGCAGCUGCUCCUCUCCUCCUCACUCGACGAAUCGCAGCGCGACAUGCUGGCAGCCAUCCAGGCCACGGCGCGCCACGUCAUCCACGUCGCCAACAAUGUCGUCGACAGCUGGCGCAUCGAGAACCGUCGGAUCGCCGCCGCCUCCUCCGCCGCUGCCUCUUCAGCCGCCGCCGCAAUUUUCCGGGGGGAAAGAGGGGGAGGGGGAGGGGGAGGGGGAGGCAGGGCAGGGGCGGUGGAGAGAGGGAGCGUGGUGCGACUGGGUCUAGAGAGCGCCGUGUUUGACCUGCGGUGUGUGGUGGACGAGGUGGUGCUGCUGGUGGCGGGCGAGGCGAGGGAGAAAGGCGUGGAGCUGGCAGCGCUUGUUAUGGAUUCGGUGCCCACUGUGGCUGUGGGGGAUCCCCUCAGGCUGCGCCAGAUCCUCGCGAAUCUCAUGGCAGUGGCAGUGAGACUCACUGACCGCGGUCACGUGUUCCUGGUGGUGCGCCUGGCGCCAGAUGAUGAUGAGAUGCGCCGCAUGGCGGAUCCAAAUUCCUCAGAGGACAUGGAAGAUGAUGAUGAGAUGAGACGCAUGGCGGACCCUAAUUCCCCUGAUGACAUGGAAGAUGAGUUCCUGUUAUUCGACGAUGCUGCUGCUCCAUUGCACCCCGACGACCUCCCUCGGCGUCGCCUGGACGACUGGGCACUCUACGACGACCAGCUGCGCUUCGUGCCUCUCGAGCUGCUGCCCAUGCUGCCGGGGGUUGCCGCCGACUCGCUCGUGUUCGGCUCUGGCGUUAUGAUGGAGGAUGAUGGCAGUGGCUUCAGCCUGGAUGACCCUACUGUCGAAUCCGCUGGCACUACUCGGGGUGACGGUGCUGGUGGUUCUUUAGGUGGUGCUUCAGGUGGUUCUGCAGGUGGUUCAGGUGCUUCAGGGGGUGGAUCUGGGUCAGGAUCUAAUCCUGCAGGAGCAGAUGGUGAUGGUGGUGGUAUCCGGGUGUAUCUGAGUGCGAUCAAGGAGUGGAUGAUUGAGUUUGGGGCUGGGAUGCUUUUUGUCACCAUUCGAACCGACGGGGCAUGGUACAGGCUCGGACGCCCCUGCGCCGCCUAUGUUCCCUGGUACCGCCCGGUUCUGCGGACAGCCAGGCUGGCAAUCCGAGUCAUUGAGAUGCUGAGUGGCGAGUCCCGGGCGGCACGCUUGUCUUUUCUGGACGUGGUAACAAAGCUGGCGCAGGAGCGGGUGGCGGAGAAGCAGCAGAAGAGUGGCAAGGUGCCGGCGCGUGGGGACUUAGCUAAGUGUUUUGCUGAGAUGGAACGGUUUUUAGUGGUGCACGGGAAUAUUAUCCUGCAGCAGUUUAGGGAGUAUCCAGUCGAGACGAUCCGCCGGAGCCCCUUUAUAAGCACGCUGCGAGAAAAGAUGGAGAUGCGAUCGCAUACAGAGCUAAAAGUGAGUAAGAAAAAGGCUGCUAUGAUUGUCACAAGCAGAGGUAGCAAUGGGCGUGGUGGGGGUGACGGCGGGAGUGCGAGAAACGCCAAUCCUGCUGCGGCUUUAAGGCCGGAUGCUAGUAAGAGGAAGCCCAUGCGUGCGACCACGACUCAGCUGGUCCACAGGAUCUGGAAGGAGUAUUAUGAACGGUUCGGAUUGAAGCGGGAUGAGCGCGCAGAAGCAGAUAAGGAGGCUGGUGUGGCGGAUAAGGGAAAAGCAGCUGCUGCUGGUGGGGCGGAGAAGGCAAAGGAGGCUGCUGCUGGAAGCAAGCCGAGAGCAGUAAAGGACUCCACUCAGGGCGUGACAUGGAUCGGUGCAAGCACAGGCCGCACAGAGGAGGACCAUCCCGCAUACGCCGCAGCCUCAGUGUGGGGUUUAGAGGUCAAAGCAGGGAUCGUGGUGCUGGCGGCUGUGGCAGAGGGUGACGAUGACGGGGACGAGGGGCGGUGGAAGGAGGAGGAGGAGAAGCUAGUGUUGGUGGAGUAUAUGUGGGAUGAGGGGGCUGUGGGGGGUGGCGCGGGGCGGAGGAGGAGGGGCGAGGGGAUGAAGGCGCAUGGGCGGGUGAUGGUGAGGGGGAGUGAGACGGUGCUGGGGAAUGCGGCGGAUGAGUGGGAGCUGUUUGUAUCAGAGCACUGCGUUGACUUCCCUCUCACUGCUAUACGUGAGCUUGCAGCAGUGACGCAUCGAAAGCAGCCAUGGGGGGCGGAGCACAGGCUGAGGAACAUGGAGGAGCACGAGAGGGAGAGGGAGCGAAUGGAGAAGCUUUUCAAGGAGACGGGGCAGCGCUCCUUCUUCUACCGCCUCCUCUACAACCCCUCCCGCGGCGGCUUUUUCGACCUGCCCAAGAGCCUGGGCAGCGGAACGGGCAGGUGUUGCUCGUGUGACGAGGACACGGAGAGGGACAGGAUGAUGGAAGUGCGGAGGCUUGGGGAUGGGAAGGUAGGGAAGGAGAAGGUGGAGGAGGAGGGAUUCGCUUAUUUAGGGAAGGAGUUUCGGGUUCAGGACUUUGUGUUCUUGCAUCCGGCAGCAGUGGGGGAGGAGAGCGAGGGGAAGAAGGCUAAGAUAGCGAAAGGAGGGCGGAACAUUGGGCUGCGGGCGUGGCCUAUCGGGCAGAUUGAAAAGUUUGUUGCCCCGACCGGUGGAGCGAAGGAGGUGCCUGAAAAGAUGGUGGUGAGGAGGUUUUUCCGCCCUGAAGACGUGCCGAAUGAGGGUGAUGAGAUCGCGUAUACGGCACACAUUCGAGAGGUGUACUACAGUGAAACCCUAAUCACUGUAGACGUGACAGACGUGAUCGGCAAGUGCCGCGUGCAGCGGGGUAAACCCACCGCAGCAGCAGCAGGGACAGAGGCGGAUCACUCGGGCUUUAACAUCGGGGGGUGUUUGGAGGAGGAGCUGAUGGGCGGCGACUUUGUCUUCUUCUGCGACCGCCUCCUCAAAGAUGGCUCCGUCCGGAUGUUGCCCCCUGGAAUUCGCUUCGGCCCUUCUUCAGCAGUAGCAUCAGCAUCACCAGUCAAGGACAAGGGCAAGGGCAAGGGCAAGAGUGUUGCUACCGACGACGAUGCUGACGCAGAUGCAGCAGCAGCAGAGGCAGCAGCAGCAGCUAGAGCCCGGGCGAAGGGGAAGGGGAAAGCAGCCGCAGCGGACCCAGAGGAACCCAUCAGCAAGGCUGCAGAUGGGGCGAAGCAGCAGCAGGGGAAGCAGGAGAAGGCAGAGAAGCUGCAGGACGGGCAGCAAGGGGCAGGAAACAGCAGUAACGGCAGUGCUGGUGUGCUGAGAACGUUGGAUAUAUUUGCGGGGUGUGGCGGGCUGUCGGAGGGGCUGCAACGGUCAGGGGCGUGUGAGACGCGGUGGGCCAUAGAGUACGAGCACCCUGCAGCCGAGGCAUUUCAGAAAAACCACCCUGAGGCUGCUGUCAUCUGCGCCAACUGCAACGUGGUGCUCAGGAGCAUGAUGGAGCAGGCAGGCCAGCUGGGCGACUGUGUGUCAACGCCAGAGGCGGAUGAAGCAGCAGCAAAGAUGGCGGAGGCGGAGAGGGGCAAGCUGCCUCUGCCCGGCCAAGUGGACUUCGUCAAUGGAGGGCCGCCCUGCCAGGGUUUCUCCGGCAUGAAUCGAUUCAACCAGAACCCAUGGAGCAAGGUGCAGUGCGAGAUGAUCCUCGCUUUCCUCUCCUUUGCGGAUUUUCUUCGGCCCAACUACUUCCUUCUCGAGAACGUGCGCAACUUUGUGUCGUUCAAUGGGGCUCGGACUUUCCGCCUCGCCCUCCGGACUCUUCUUGCCAUGGGCUACCAGGUCCGCUUUGGCGUCUUACAAGCCGGCAACUUCGGAAUAUCUCAAUCCCGCACGAGGGCGUUCAUCUGGGCAGCAGCGCCGGGCCACGUGCUCCCCGAGUGGCCCCAGCCUCUGCACGUCUUCGCCUCCUCCCAGCUCUCUGUCCCCCUCACCACCUCCGCUGCUGCUGCUGCUGGCGCUGCUGGCGGCGCUGCUAGUAUUGGUCAGUUCAGCACGGCCAGCUCGCUGGCCAAUGAGGCGUGUCCACGCGGCCUGGCAAUUGGGGCGCCGCUGCGGUCAAUCACAGUGCGGGAUGCGAUGGGGGACCUGCCGAGCAUUGAGAACGGCGCGGAGGAGGAGGAGAUGGAGUACUCUUCCGAGCCCUCCUCCUGGUUUCAACGCUGCAUCCGAUCGCAGCAGGCCAAGCUGCUGGACCACACGUGCAAGAAAAUGAACGAACUCAAUUUGAAGCGCUGCCAGCACAUCCCCAGGCGCCCAGGCGCCGACUGGCGGGACCUGCCCGAUAUCAAGGUUCGCUUAUCCGAUGGCCGCGAAGCUGAUCUGGUCCCCUGGUGCCUACCCAACACCAUGGAGCGCCACAACAACUGGAAGGGGCUGUUUGGGCGGCUGGACUGGGCGGGCAACUUCCCCACGUCUGUGACGGACCCCCAGCCCAUGGGGAAAGUGGGCAUGUGCUUUCACCCCGAGCAGGACCGCAUUGUCAGCGUGCGCGAGUGUGCGCGAUCCCAGGGCUUCCCUAACUGGUAUCGUUUCGCUGGUAACAUUCAAGCCAAGCAUCGCCAGAUCGGCAACGCUGUCCCUCCGUCUCUGGCCCUGGCUCUGGGCUUGCAGCUCAGGAAAGCUCUCUUGGAGACAAGGAAGCUGGAUGGAGCACAGGUGGAGGGAGGGAGUAAGGAUGAGGCGAAGUAG